AAUAAUUAACACAAUAAAGAAAUUUAACACAAAUUUCAUAAAUGGUAAAUCAAAGCAACUAUAGACGAUUCUAGACAAAAAAGGAAGAAAAAUUAAAAGCUUAUCAAAGUCCGGAAGGGUUCAAAUAACUGCUUGCUGCUAAAUUAUUCCCGAAGUGAAGAAUGAAUGUAAUGCGUAAACUAAGAGGAACGACAGGAAGUAAUGCUAGCAGUACUCAAACAUCCAUCGCCAACAAUGCCGACAGUUUGGCCUCCACGACCGGCACUAAUGAAGACGUUUCAUUGGAUGAUCGGUUGCAGACAAGUUUGCAUACCCUAAAAAAACUCUUCAGCGAGUAUACACAUCCGCGGGAUCCUCUAACUGAACAGGAACGUGAUAUGAAACUCUAUCAAAUGUUGCCCAUAUUUUGCAGGGUUUUUAGUACUUGUCCUGCUGCUGAUAUGAGCGAAAAAUUUUGGGAUGUAGUCGCCUUCUGCCAACAGGUUUCACGUCUAAUGGUUAACGAGAUACGUAAACGAGCCAGCAAUCAAAGCACCGAAGCUGCAUCAAUAGCUAUCGUCAAAUUCUUAGAAAUAGAGACAACAGAGGAGACGAGCAGUGGCUGGAUGCUUCUCUCUACUCUUAAUUUAUUAGCAAACAGCGAUGUUUCUCUCAUUCAGGUAAUGACAGCUGCUGCUGUGCCUUCUACUUUGGUGAAAUGUUUGUAUUUAUUCUUCGACUUGCCAUCAGUAGAGACUGAUCCAUAUAUCGGGACCAGCGAGUUUAGUGCCUACGAAAGACGUACUUUAUUGCAGAAGGUAUUUGUACAGUUGCUCGUCAGGCUCUGUUCGUAUCCAUAUCCUGCCGAAGAAUUAGCUCGUAUGGAUGAUUUGACUUUGCUAUUCUCAGCGAUAACGUCACCCUGUCCGAACCACAAUAUAGUUUGGCGAAAAAAUGCUGCCGAAAUUUUAACUACAAUUUCCCGGCAUGGGUUAACGGACGCUGUAGUCAGUUAUAUACAUUCAAAAGGUUGCAUGGCCUUGUGCGUGGAUAAUAUGCAACGUUUAACAUUUGGAAAUCCUUUAGAAAUCGUAGAAAUGUUCGUUACUGUCUUUUGUUUCCUCAAAGAUUCUAGUCAAGUGUCCCAAAUAUUAUUAGAUGAUUUCAAAGCCUCUCAAGGUUACAUAUUCUUAGGGGAUUUUUUGCUUAAAUUCGAUACAUCACGUUCUCAUUCCCUUGAAGUGCAGGCAGCGAUACGGAACUUAGUCUUGAUGAUCUCCUCAUUAUGUAUGUGCGGUUUCAAUGAGUUGCGUCCCCCUCCGACGCAAAUAAAUGCUCUCUUUAAAAUGCAAAAUUUUCAAAUGCCUCAAGCCUCAUCUCGGGAAACAUGUGUCCGCAACAUUUACGCUUUCCAAGUGUUGCAAAGUGUGUUUCUUAAAUCUACUUCUCCCAUAUUGUGCUGUACCAUUUUGGACGCCAUAUCGCGUAUCUAUCACUCAGAAAAUGCCAAUUAUUUCAUAUUGGAAUCCGAGAAUACUUUAAGUCAAUUCACGGAACGUAUUCACCUGAAAGGUUCUCAGAUACAGGAGAAAUUUUUCGAUUUGUUGGAAUUUAUUGUUUUCCAGCUGAAUUUUGUACCUUGCAAAGAAUUGAUAUCGUUAUCACUUUUGCUCAAAAAUAAUCACUCUCCGAGUUGUAGCAUUUUGUGUCUUAAGACAUUGCUUAACGUAUUGAGGCACAAUAAUGUUUUCAAGGACGUUUACCGUGAAGUGGGUAUAUUGGAAGUGCUUGUGACCUGUUUAAAUCGUUAUGCCGACUACGUGUGCAAGAUAACCAAAGAUAAUGAAAAUGCGAUCAUCUGCGAGGACGGAGCGGAAAAUUUGCCCGAUAUUUUGGGCAAACAUGUUUUAGAAGCUUUGACUAUUUUGCUGGCGGGCAAUAACAAUAAUGCUAACGUUUUUCGGGACUGCGGUGGCGCUAAAUGCGUACAUGAAUUGGUCAAGUUUAGGCACUGUCGCCCACAAGCUUUGGGCAUAAUAAGAGAAUUAAUUUUAUCGGCAGGUGGUGACGAUGAUAUGCUUUUCAUAUUAUCGGUAAUGCAUUCAGUGUCUCCCCAUCAAGUGGAUUUUAAAAUACAAAUUCUCAAUAUGCUCUUGGGAUGUCUAAAGGAUUCUCAUCGUACGCGUACCGUAUUUCGUAAAGUAGGUGGAUUCGUUUAUUUAACCAGUAUUUUUGUUUCACUGGACGGUAAAUUGUGUGACGACUUAGCAGACAAUAAGAAAGAGGAAGAAAAGAAAGAUGGCGAUCUAGAAGAAGAAGAAGAAGAAGAAGAAGAGAAAAAGGCUAUACCACAGGAUGAUUUAAUUCUUCUGCUGCAAAUGGUGUCUCAAACAUUGGCCACAGCCAUGCGUUUCGAGCCGGCCAAUGCAAAAUUUUUCCAUCAAGAGAUUUGCGUAGCAUCGUUGUGUGAUACUUUACGUCUAUUAGGAUGUUUUGGCAAUGAAAUUGAAUUGCCUCAUUUUAAGGGUGUUUUCAAAACUGAUACCUUGACUCAGAAAUACUUUCACGAGAUUUUUACUGGCGAUAUAUUAAAUUGCAGUUUCAACUCUAGCGUACCCCUUUCGCUAUCGUACGUUAGCAUAAUAUAUCGUCUAUUGUAUAGCAUUGCUCUAGACAAUUUUGAAGCACCAAAUCUUCAUAAUGUCAUAACAUUGUUCAACGAUCAACAUAACCGGUCGCCCACCAAAGAGCUAUGCCUAGCUUCUCCACAUCCUAAUCAGUUAAUGUUUUCUCAGCCAUUACCAGAGCCACGCAUUGUACAUCCUGGGGUGGUGUUAUGUAUGCUACAGUUGCUCCCCAGCAUUAGCCAUCCACGACAAAGCACAUUAGCCUUGAAUUUGCAAGUUUAUCAAAGUGAGAUUAUUAAGUCGCUGGUGCGCAGUGAGCGGAAUCAACAAAUUAUGUGCGAAUACGGUUUGGCCGGACUAUUACUAAAAAUCGCCCGUCGAGCACUCUCUGAAGAAAUUAGCCCCUUGCAUGUCCCCAUGCAAUACAUAUUGGAGCGUUUAGCAGCUCAAGCUUUGCAACCCACAGAAUUAAGAGAAUUUUUGCGGCUGGGGGAACCUUUAUCAUGUACUGACAUUGAUCUAAGGAAACCCUACCGUAUAGGAAGCCCAGUUCCAUUAACGCGCAUUAAAACGUUGGUCUCAAUGACUACACCUAGAGAUUUUCGAGCUCAUGGUUCCAACAUUUUGCCGCCUUUUGUGGAAAUGGAUAUGUCGGCUGAGGGAUUUGGUUGUUUAUAUUUGCCAACGUUAUCUCCGCAAACUACAACAACGACUGGUGGCACAAUUGAUGCAAAUACUAUAGGUGGCAUAGGAUCUGGAGAUCGUAUAUUUCCUCCUCAAACGGGCUUAACUUACUCCACUUGGUUUUGUGUAGAAAAAUUUUCUGAUCCGAAAACCGAUCCACAUUGUGUACGCUUAUUAACUUUAAUCCGAACCAUACAUAAUCCACGUGAAGAAAAUUUGGUCUGCUUGUCUAUAUUAUUGUCAGCUCGUGACAAAGCCAUAGUGGUAUCGACUCAAGAAACCUUAGUUGCACCUAGUAAAAGUCUUGGUGACUGGGAGCCAGAAGGCGCUGAUGAUAACAAUGCGCGUAUUUGGUGUCCCGAUUUGCUUCAUGAAGGCCAAUGGCAUAAUUUAGUGGUAGUUCUAAAUCGUGCUGUUCUAAAAAAUUCUAGUCUCUCUCUCUAUUUAGAUGGAAUGCCUAUGCAUACACAAAAGUUACAUUAUAUAUCCCAAAAUGCUGGAGCAGGCUCAGCUAAUGUGGUAAUGACCAGCCAAGUAUUCGGAUAUAUAGGCACACCUCCUAUUUGGCGUCGUUACUCGCGCCUGUGCUGGAAACAGGGAGUUUGUCACUUAUUGGAGGAUGUUCUAAAUCAACAGACUGUUCACACCAUCUACAACUUGGGCCCUCAUUAUAUGGGAUCAUUACAAGCACCACAAUUAGGAAAACAAAAUGAACCUUUAAAUCCGUUAGUAGCCGAAGAAAAAGUGUUGUUAGGACUUAAUGCUAAAGCUGUUUCCCAGCUUACUUUAGUAAAAAUCAGAAAAGUUUAUAGCAGAGCUGAUAAUAAAUCAAUAGCUAAACAAUUAGGCAUGAAUUCCCAUGAAAAUGCCACUCCCAUUAAAAUUCUCCAUAAUUCUGCAGGUCACCUGGCAGGUGCUGGACGUUCAUUGGGCGGUGUAGUAGUAGGUUAUUUAGGUGUACGUGUCUUUAGUCCUCAUCCUGUAUCUGCAAUGAUUGAUACCGUAGGCGGCUGCAAUGUUUUAUUAGGAAUAAUAGCGAUGGCUCAGGAUGUUGAAUCUUUGUACGCCGGUGUUAAAGCUUUAACGUGUGUAGUGCGGAGCAAUCGUGCUGCGCAAAGUGAGAUGGACCGGAGACGUUGUUAUCAAACCUUAGGAAUGUUUUUCAAAAAGAAACGGAAUCUUUUAAACUCGCACAUCUUACAUCUAACCUUUGGUUUAGUGGGCACAGUUAACAGUGGUCAAGACAUGACCGCCAUACCAAAUAUAACAGCUUUUCAAGAUCUACUCUGUGAUCUGGAAAUAUGGCAUCACGCUCCCAACGGCCUGCUGCGUUCACUCUUGGAACAUUUGCUGGAAUUAGCCGUCGAGUCCAAUGAAAAGAAACAGAACGUGAAAAUUAUGCGUGAUUUGCAAUUGUUGAAUAAACUUUUGCUCAUUAUUGUAGACAUACAAGACCAUUCGACUCGAGAAAUAUUGUUCAAUUUAGUAGAAGCCCUUCUGGGUGGUCAACCAAGGCACUCAGAUCUUUUACUCUUCGGCCAAUACUGCGCUUCUAAGCUACCAAAAUCUGAUCAAGUAGAAAGAUCAUUAAUUCUGCCUUCAAUGAAGCCUUCAGCCAAUCCUUCAGCUGCAACUGCAGAACAUGAUAGCAUAGCUCAAAAUAUCUACUUACGCAACCGUUGUUUGUCACUUCUACAUGGCUUACUUUUCACCUCACGCAACACCGUCAAUUACAUUAUAUGCGAUGAUAUAUCAAAAACGCUGGGAAUGGAUUGGCUUUUAUUAUUUAUGCAAACUCACGUACACUUUACCACAGUCAUUAUUGCAGUACGCAUUUUGGUAGUGAUAUGCGCUAAUGAAAGCUUUCUGGUACGUUUUCGCGAUUCCACGCAUAACGGUGGUUAUUUACGCUUCACCGAAAUGGUAUCGCAGAAGAAAAUUAUCGGUAUCGGAGCUAAACAGUUGAAUGCCAGAUCCAGCGGUAAUCCAAGCACUGUGAUAGUAUCGACAGCUAACGUCUUACAACAUUUGCCCACCCAAAUAGCGGGAGAAGUAAGAACAGCUGCUUUAAACAUACCAGGUUUUCAAAUGUUAGAAUGGCUUCUCACUUAUCAUUUGGAUGUACCGGAAUUAUAUUUUCUCAUCACCGCUCUUAUUAUGGGUCAACCGGUCAAAUUGUUGGCUACCGAACAUACCAAAUUCGAUUUGGAUCGUGUAUGGUCGUUUCUUUGGGGUGCACCCAUCUCAUCAACACCCAAUGUAUCUAAAAUGAAUAUAUGCCCUGAAGCGGUUUGCGUAUUGCUUGGCAUGGUGCGUGCGAUAGUGCACGACAUGAAUUGUGCUAAUUGGUUAAAAAGUCAUCCAGAGACUAUUAUUCAACUGCUCUUUAGUCUCUACCAAAAUUUGAAUGACUUUAUGCCGGUUAUGAUGUCCGGUGAUGUUAUCUCUUCAUUGGUGGCUGUGUUAUUUCCUAACAAUGCUGAAGAAGCGGGUGAUUCAGAGUCUAAUAGCGGCACUUCCACACCCACUGAAGGGAUGGAUUGCUUUAUAUUAAAUACAAGCGUAAAUAGUAUAGGAAAUCCAAAGUCAAAAUUAACUUCGCAUACCGUUCGAAAAUGUAUCAUUGAUUUUCUGCGUGUUAUAGUAGUGGAUUCCUUGAGUCUAAGCAUGCAUGGAAAAACUACGCCGGUUAUCGAUUUAGUAUUGGACGCUUCACCUGACAACGCAGAAGUUCUUUUACAAGUGGAAUACCAAACUGAAAUUAUAACUGCCUUAAUGGAUCAUUUAUUGGCUGCCGAUAUUUUGGUGGGCGAGCAGGCGGCUUUAUCCAUAGUACCGUUAUUACAAAGUCACACUCAGCAUAUAGCUCCAAACGUAUUCUACUUUACCGCUCGCGUCGUGGAUAAGAUGUGGCAAUGUUGCUUAACACGCAAUCCCCAUGAAAUAUUUGACUUUAUAAUAAAAUUAAUAAGUCAAGCGAAACGUCGAACGUGUUCAUUAAGCUUAGAACAACUGCAUCAUUCUUUAAACCGUACAAUUUUGUAUUUAUUAUCACGACCUACUGAAACGAUAGCCGAGCAAAUGAGUGUUUUGGAAGCUCUUCAUAAAAUUAUAAAUGAACGUUUAUUGAUAUUCGGAGCCGGGAAUCAUGAACUGGAAUUCAUCGGUUGCUUAACGUAUUGUUUGCUGCAACUCACAUCGAAUAUGAAGAUCAUUUUGGAACCGUCAACAGGACGCAAUACCACCUGGCAUGUAAAUCCUCAAACGAAUACUAAUGAGCCGAAGGAUGAAGAUUUAAAUCAGUUACAGGGGCGAAAUCUGAUUAAGGGGGCUGCAAAUCGCGUUUGGGAAGAGCUGUAUGUCUGCAAGAAACCUGCUAUUGAAGAAGUUUUUAAAGUUAGUUUAACAUCACCCCUAGCUAAUUCCAAGGCUCCGGAUUUGCAACUGUCAACCCGUGAACAAGUUAUGGAAUUGGCUUCGAAACUCUGGUUUAAUUAUGUAGAAAAUGAACGGAAGGCGUCCUAUCGUAUACCUUGGGAGAUACACAAUCAAAUACAGUCGAAAAUUCAAAAAGUAACCGGUGGUCUUACACGCCUAGCCAGCCGCAGUAAAGUGAAAAAAGAUGAUUUUGUCCGCGUGCGCUCACCAAUGAGCAAAGAGAAUGCUUUCGAAUGUACCGUUGUGCACGUACAAUUAAUUAAAGACCUAUGGGAUCUACGGUGCAAACAAUAUAUGCAAAUGUUACAGCACACCCAACGCUAUGUCUAUCAAGAUUGGAUACAAUCGGAAACCGAACUGACACGUGAAAGAGGUCUUUGGGGCCCCGAAGGUAAUUCAAGCUUAGAUAAGUGGAUUCUAGAUACCACUGAAGGUCCUCAUCGUAUGCGAAAAAAGACCAUGAGAAACGAUAUGUUUUAUUUGCACUAUCCGUAUCGGCCUGAAAUUGAUUUAACCGAUAAUCGUCAAUUAAAGUAUAAAGUGGCUUCAAGUUUUGACAGCAAACUCUAUUAUAUGCAUGGUCAACAAACACCACGAAUACUUUGUGAGCCGGAAACGCAACAAUUCUUACAACACCAACACUCCAUAGAUACUAGUCAAAAGCAUUUGAUCCAGAAUCAGCACCAGCAACAUCCUCCUCUUCAGAAUUCGAAAAGUGAACCAGGCGUACUCACGGUCACCCCUCCUCAAUCACCGACGGAACAACGUGCUCGUCUGGGUCAAGAGUCCCUGGACAGCAGUAACCAAGACGACGGAGAUGAUGAGGAUGACGAUAUGUCUAUGAUGUCGGAUAACGAAACAUUUCUGCGUUUAUUGGAAGAACAAGAGAAAAUCUCGUUUAUGUUUCGCUGUGCGCGCAUACAAGGUUUGGAUACUUUUGAAGGCUUGCUACUCUUCGGCAAAGAGCAUUGUUAUAUUGUUGAUGGUUUUACUUUGCUGAAGAAUCGUGAAAUUCGAGAUAUCGAUACGUUGCCAAGCGGAGCUUAUGAGCCGAUCAUACCAAAUUCAAGCAGUUCGACACGUUCACAAAAGAUACGCCAAUGUUCUAAAUUCGCCUACGAAGAAAUACGCGAAGUCCAUAAAAGACGUUAUUUAUUGCAACCGAUUGCUUUGGAGGUCUUUUCCGAAGAUGGGCGUAAUUAUCUAUUGAGUUUUCCUCGAAAAGUGCGCAAUAAAGUUUACCAACGAUUUAUGACUCAUGCAACGGCUAUUAAUGACAAUGCUCAACAGUCGGUAGCUGGCCAAAAACGGACCGCCAGCGUUGAACAAACUUCCGGAAUAUUUAGCAGUCUUAUUGGCGAGACUUCAGUGACGCAAAGAUGGGUGCGCGGCGAAAUUUCAAAUUUCCAGUAUUUAAUGCAUUUAAAUACUUUAGCUGGCCGAUCUUAUAAUGAUCUUAUGCAAUAUCCAGUAUUUCCUUGGAUACUGGCCGAUUAUGAUUCCGAAGAGUUAGAUUUGACAAAUUCAAAGACAUUCCGCGACUUCUCCAAACCUAUGGGCGCGCAAUCUGACGAACGUUUAGAGCAGUUCCAGAAGCGUUUUAAGGAGUGGGAUGAUCCUCACGGCGAGACACCGCCCUAUCAUUACGGUACGCAUUAUAGCUCGGCAAUGAUUGUAUGCUCGUAUUUGGUGCGUUUAGAACCUUUUACACAACAUUUUCUACGCUUGCAAGGCGGCCAUUUUGAUUUGGCUGACCGUAUGUUUCACAGUAUUAAAGAAGCCUGGCUUUCUGCUUCCAAAUUUAACAUGGCUGAUGUUAAGGAAUUAAUACCGGAAUUCUUCUAUCUACCUGAGUUUAUAACGAACGCAAAUAAUUUUGAUUUAGGUACGAAACAAAAUGGCGAAACAUUAAAUCAUGUAAUUUUGCCACCUUGGGCUAAACAAGACCCAAGAGAGUUCAUAAGAGUGCAUCGGAGUGCCUUAGAGUGUGAUUAUGUUAGCCAAAAUUUACAUUUGUGGAUCGAUUUGAUUUUUGGUUAUAAACAGCAAGGUGUGGCUGCUAUGGAAGCUGUUAAUGUAUUUCAUCAUUUAUUCUAUGAGGGCAACGUUGAUAUUUACAACAUUGAUGAUCCUUUAAAAAAGAACGCCACUAUAGGUUUCAUUAAUAACUUUGGCCAAAUACCCAAGCAGUUAUUUAAAAAACCUCAUCCUGCCAAGAAAAUGUCCACAUCUAGACAUUCUACUUUAAUAGAUCCCAGUGCUUUAAUUCAAGGCAAUACUACAGUCUUGCAAUCGGAUCGAUUGUUCUUCCAUAAUUUAGAUAACUUAAAACCGAGCCUGCAGCCCAUUAAAGAACUAAAGGGACCAGUAGGGCAAAUAUUGCAACCCGACAAGACAGUCUUCGCUGUGGAGCAGAAUAAGGUAAUGAUGCCUCCUUCUUAUACCAAAUACAUUGCUUGGGGCUUCGCUGACCAUUCGUUGCGUGUGGGUCUUUACGAUACUGAUCGAGCCUCGUUUGUUUCUGAAGCGGCUGGUCAAAAUUCCGGAGAAAUUCUAGCAUGCGCCUGUCCAAAUUCAAAAACCAUUAUUACCGCUGGCACUAGUUCAGUGAUAACCAUUUGGAAAUUUGACGCCAAUCGGAAAAACUUAACCGUGCGUCAUUCUUUACAUGGGCAUACUGAUGCGGUCACAUCUUUGACCGCUAGUGCGGCAUAUAACGUUAUAGUCUCGGGAUCACGCGAUGGCACGGCUAUAGUUUGGGAUAUGGCACGUUUCACUUUUGUUAGACAGCUGAGAGAUCAUGCCGGUGUGGUUGCGGCCGUAGCUAUCAAUGAAUUAACUGGUGAUGUGGCUACUUGCUCAGCAACUUGGCUGCAUGUGUGGUCCAUAAAUGGUGACGCCUUGGCAACAGUCAACACUUCCGUGGGUAGUGCCGAUCGCAUGCAACAAAUCUUAUGUGUAGCUUUCUCGCAAAUACGAGAAUGGGAUGGUCAAAACGUUAUUUUAACAGGAUCAACAGAUGGUGUGGUUAGGAUGUGGUCUUUAGAAUAUGCUCAAGUCCCUGCAGAACGCAAAUUAAAGCGAAGCCCUGAAGUUAAAUCUCAAGAAAAAUUCGAUAGCAAAAGUUUCGAUAAAGCCGAAGAAGAGCAUGAAUCGAAUAAACUGGAUGGUAAAAAAAUUUGUAAACAAAUGCCAACAAACAUAUCAUCACCUCAUGAAAGUGAUAUUCAGAAAUCUGCUUCAGAAAGUAGCGUAUCGGAAACUUCAAAUCAUACAAACACUUCUACCCAAUCCGAAAAGCCUAUAAAGGAUAGCGAAUACUUAAUAACAAAUUCGGAGAGACGAAAGAGUUCAUUUUCCGGCGCCAAAUCAUUGCUUGAGAUUAAAUCUUCGACUGUUGAGGAAACAGCGCAUAUUAAGCCAAAUGAAGAAGAAGAGCGCGCUACUAUACGUCCCAGUAAAUCGGAUACUAGCCUUACCGAUAGCUUUGUCAUGAUUGAAAAUGAUAAAAUCAAAAGCGAUCACAUGCUAAAAAAAGGUUUUAAAUGGCAACGUCAGCUACUGUUUAGAUCCAAGCUUACGAUGCAUACUGCUUACGAUCGUAAAGAUAAUGCUGAGCCUGCUAGUAUAACCGCUCUAACCGUAUCGCGAGACCAUAAGAUACUAUAUGUCGGUGAUGCUCGUGGACGCAUUUAUUCUUGGUGUGUUACGGAACAGCCUGGUCGAGGUGUUGCCGAUCAUUGGCUUAAAGAUGAAGGAGCCGACCAAUGCGUUAAAUGUCACGUCAAAUUUAGCCUCUAUGAACGUAAACAUCAUUGUCGUAACUGCGGUCAAGUGUUUUGCAAUAAAUGCAGUCGUUUCGAGUCAGAAAUAUCACGUUUACGUAUUCUUAAACCUGUACGUGUAUGUCAGGCUUGCUUCAGUCAAUUGCGAGCAAAAUCUUUGGACAAUUAGUAAACUACCAUAAAUUUAGCAAAACAAAUUAGCAAAAGUACCUUUAAAUGCAAGCAAAACCAAAAAAAUUUAAAUGAAAAAGAAAAAUUCUAUACAUAAGGAAAAGUCAUUUAUUAGCAACAAAAGGAACU